AGAUGCUCGUCUCGCCUUCGCCUUACCGCAAAUACUUCGGGGCUUCCGGCGCACGCAAAAAAACCGCAGGUUUUCUUAGCAUUCCACAGCCGAAAAAGCCCCCAAACAAAACAGCCAAGCUUGCUCGGUCGCUGCGCGCUAUCUCGCCUCGCGACGACGCCAUGGCCACCGCCUCCUCACUCUUCCUCGCCUCCCCCGUCGCCACCGCGCCGACAGCCCGCGCCCGGUCCACACCCUCGGCUUCCCCUGCCCGGCCGUCCCUGCGCCUCCGGCGGCCGUCGACGUUGGCCGCGGCCGCGGUCCAGGCCGAGCACCAGCCCGCGGUCGCCGCGGCGCCGAAGCCGCCGGCACUCCCGUUCCGCGUCGGCCACGGCUUCGACCUCCACCGCCUCGAGCCGGGCCUCCCCCUCAUCAUCGGGGGCAUCGACAUCCCCCACGACCGCGGCUGCGACGCCCACUCCGACGGGGACGUGCUGCUGCACUGCGUGGUGGACGCGAUUCUCGGCGCGCUCGGGCUGCCUGACAUCGGGCAGAUCUUCCCGGACUCCGACCCCCGUUGGAAGGGCGCCGAUUCGUCGGUGUUCAUGAGGGAAGCUGUGAAACUGAUGCAUGAAGCUGGCUAUGAGCUGGGGAACCUAGACGCUACAUUGAUCUUGCAGAAACCCAAAAUUAGCCCAUUCAAGGAGACAAUACGGUCUAACUUGUGUGACUUGCUGGGGGCGGAUCCAUCCGUCGUCAAUCUGAAGGCCAAGACGCACGAGAAAGUCGACAGUCUUGGUGAAAACAGGAGCAUAGCUGCUCACACUGUAGUUCUUCUGAUGCGGAAAUAGGAAAAUGGAAGUGUACUACAUAUUACAGGAAUUGAAUUGUAACAUAGUGAACAAAUUGUCCUUAUGUAAGUGGUUUAUCACUGAAAUUUUAGGGCAAAAACAAUAAAACCGAGUGCAAUGUAAAAUUUUAUGUGUCCAGAUUGUGUCUUGACUGUUUCACAAUGAACAUUAGAAUUUUAUGGCAGCAAGAUUUUCAGCAA